AAUAUUUUUGUAAUUCUAUUUCAUUAGAAAGCAUAUUGGCUAAAUACUUAAUAUUUAUAAAAGAUGUUUUAAAUCUUUAUAAUAUGUCAACUAAAAUUCUUAAACAAAAUAUUAUUAGUGCCGAAUUAUUCUUUGGAAAGUUUCUUAAACCUAUAUACUUUUCACAAUUAAAUAAUAUUACGACUCAAUAUCUUGCACAAUUUUAUAACAAAGUUUAUACUAAAAACCGAUGA